GGUCAGAGGUAACCACUAUAUCAGCUCUGCGGUCCGACAACUCCUAUUUCAAAUCUCAGAGAAGAGCAGCAGCGAACACUUGGAGGUUUUAACACCAGAUCAACUUUGAAGACUUUUCUUGGUUUCACAUCGACUCCUGCAAACAUGACACCGAUUCUACUGAACUGUAUGGGGAGUGAGCACAAUGAGUUUAUCAAACAACACGUCCAGGUGAACAAUCCCUACCUGGAGGGCAUGGAGGAGGACAUUCUCUACCACUUCAGCUUGAGCAACAGGACUCACAACCUUCCAGAAAUGUUUGGAGACAUUAAGUUUGUGUGUGUUGGUGGAAGCGCGAACCGCAUGAAAGCCUUCGCCCAGUUCAUCCACCAGGAGCUGCAGCUGCCAGGAAACCCAAAGGAAAUCACAGAUAUCUGUGAGGGAACUGAUCGCUACUGCAUGUACAAAGUGGGACCAGUGCUGUCGAUAAGCCAUGGAAUGGGCGUCCCCUCCAUCUCCAUCAUGCUGCACGAGCUCAUCAAGCUGCUGCACCAUGCCCAGAGUCGUGACGUGGUCGUCUUCCGCCUCGGAACAUCCGGUGGAGUCGGUCUGGCUCCAGGGACCGUGGUGAUCACAGACAAAGCGGUGGACUACUCCUUCCGUGCCCAGUUUGAGCAGGUGGUUCUGGGUAAAGUCAUCACCAGGAGCACGGAGCUGGACGAGGGGGUGGCCAGCGAGCUGCUGCAGUGCUCCUCCGAGCUGCAAAACAUUCCAUCAGUGAUCGGAAACACCAUGUGCACCAGCGACUUCUACGAAGGUCAAGGCCGACUGGACGGGGCACUGUGCUCCUUCUCUCGCGCUGAAAAACUGGAGUAUCUGAGGAAAGCGUACGAGGCCGGAGUGAGGAAUAUUGAAAUGGAGUCCACUGUAUUCGCUGCCAUGUGCCGCGUCUGUGGUCUCAAAGCGGCUGUGAUCUGUGUGACGUUGCUGAACCGCUUCGAUGGAGACCAGAUCACCUCCACUCAUGAUGUGCUGACGGAGUACCAGCAGAGACCUCAAGUCUUAGUGUCCCACUUCAUCAAGAAACGCCUGGGACUCAUCGUCUGAGACGUCUGCCUCCCCCCUCCCAACCCCAGCAUUCCCCUAACAUGUACAUAGCUUUGACUGACAUGUGGAUAUGUAUAUAUUAAUGUAUAAACUGUACUGUAUAACAUGUUAAUAUGUGUAUUAGACACUUAUUUUAUAAACUAUUAAGAUUUCUAUGAUUUAUUUGUAAUAUAAAAAAAAUGCUAAAAUAUGAAGUUAAGUUACUUGACUCUUGAAUUUUCCUCUAGUUGGUUUGACUCCAGAUGAUUUGAACAUUUGGAAUAAAAAUCUGCAUAUUGGUUUGUAGUCUCUUAGAGAGUUGUUUUCCCUGUUAUAUGCUCAUUAGAUGAGAAACACUUGUAUUCCUUAGUGAUUUUCACUUAAAAUAUGAGAAGAGUAAAGGGACAUUCCUGUAAUUUGAACGUGUUAUUAAAUACUCAGAGUAAAGAUUGUGCAAUAUAAGCUUGUUUAUGCAAAUGUGAACUUACGGACUGUGACAUAAGAGGUGAAUAAACAUUGAUAAAUGUGCAGGAAAGUCAUUUCAAUGUGUUGGAUAUAUAUGUUUAUUAUGACUAAGAAAAAGUCUGUGAUACUGUACUUCUCAACGGGUGCUGUAGAGUCUAAAACUAAAUAAAAACAAUAAAAGUUAACAAUGUUAA